AUGCUCAUCGCCCAGAGUAGGACAGCACUCAUCCGCAACAUCCUACGCACCAAGGCCAGCAGCACGAGGACGCAACCACCACCACCAACCCCCCGCCACCUGAGCCUCACCCCAGCCCCCAGGAUGCGCCUCCCCUACGUCCCGGACCCCCCGCCGACCUCCUCCCCAGAGGACCAGGCCGUCGUGGACCGCAUCAAGGCCCGCCGCGCCCCGCGCCCCCUGACGGCCCUGGACCUGGCCCUCCUGCACUCCCCGCCCGUCGCCGACGGCUGGAACUCGUUCCUGGGCGCCGUGCGCACGCGGACCCUGCUGGGCCCGGACCUGCGCGAGCUGGCCAUCUGCCGCGUCGCCUCCGUCAACCGCGCCUGGUACGAGUGGAUGCACCACGCGCCCCUGGCGUCCGCCGCGGGCGUCAGCGACGAGGCCAUGGAGCUCGUCAAGACGCGGGCCGGCGCCCUCGGCGACCCAGCGGCGCCCGAGGCCGGCAUGAGCGAGAGGCAGUGGGCCGUGCUGUGCGUCGCCGACGAGAUGACGCGCAACGUCGAGGUCGCCGAGGCCACCUUCGAGGUCGCCCGGUCGCUGUUCUCGGAGCGGGAGGUGGUUGAGAUCGUGUCUACCGUGGCCUGUUACAACUGUGUCAGCCGCUUCCUGGUGGCCCUCGAUGUUGGGGAGAAGAACGGGGCCGGGCCUGAUGCUGCUCACUAG